CGGGGCCGGCAGGCGGUGGUGGCGGCUGCGCGCGCAAGGGCGCGCGGGAGCGAACGGGAAGCACCGCGAGGGCCGGGGUGGGCCAGGCGGUGGGGACGACGGGCGGCGACGAUGGCCGCAGCAGCGGGCGGCGGUGGCGGCCCAGGGGCAGCAGUAGGCGCCACGGGCUCGGGGGCUGCGGCGGUAGCCGCAGGCCUGGCCGUUUAUCGGCGGAAAGACGGGGGCCCGGCCACCAAGUUUUGGGAGAGCCCGGAGACGGUGUCCCAGCUGGAUUCAGUGCGGGUAUGGCUGGGCAAGCACUACAAGAAGUACGUUCAUGCGGAUGCUCCUACCAAUAAAACGCUGGCUGGGCUGGUAGUACAGCUUCUUCAGUUCCAGGAAGAUGCCUUUGGGAAGCACGUCACCAACCCGGCCUUCACUAAACUCCCUGCAAAAUGUUUCAUGGAUUUCAAAGCUGGAGGCACCUUGUGUCAUAUUCUUGGGGCUGCAUACAAGUAUAAAAAUGAACAGGGAUGGCGGAGGUUUGACCUACAGAACCCAUCCCGAAUGGAUCGUAAUGUGGAAAUGUUUAUGAACAUUGAAAAAACAUUAGUGCAGAACAAUUGUUUGACCAGACCCAACAUCUACCUCAUUCCAGACAUUGAUCUGAAGUUGGCUAACAAAUUGAAAGAUAUUAUCAAACGACAUCAGGGAACGUUUACUGAUGAGAAGUCAAAAGCUUCCCACCACAUUUAUCCAUAUUCUUCCUCACAAGAGGAUGAAGAAUGGUUGAGACCGGUGAUGAGAAAAGACAAGCAAGUGUUAGUGCAUUGGGGCUUUUACCCAGACAGCUAUGAUACUUGGGUCCAUAGUAAUGAUGUUGAUGCUGAAAUUGAAGAUCCACCAAUUCCAGAAAAGCCAUGGAAGGUUCAUGUGAAAUGGAUUUUGGACACUGAUAUUUUCAAUGAAUGGAUGAAUGAGGAGGACUAUGAAGUGGAUGAAAAUAGGAAGCCUGUGAGUUUUCGUCAGCGGAUUUCAGCAAAGAAUGAAGAGCCAGUCAGAAGUCCAGAAAGAAGAGAUAGAAAAGCAUCAGCUAAUGCUAGAAAGAGGAAACAUUCGCCUUCGCCUCCCCCUCCUACACCAACAGAAUCACGGAAGAAGAGUGGAAAGAAAGGCCAAGCUAGCCUUUAUGGGAAGCGUAGAAGUCAGAAAGAGGAAGAUGAACAAGAAGAUCUAACCAAGGAUAUGGAAGACCCAACACCUGUACCCAAUAUAGAAGAAGUAGUACUCCCCAAAAAUGUGAACCUAAAGAAAGAUAGUGAAAAUACACCUGUUAAAGGAGGAACUGUAGCAGAUCUAGAUGAGCAGGAGGAAGAAACAGUCACAGCAGGAGGAAAGGAAGAUGAAGAUCCUGCCAAAGGUGACCAGAGUCGGUCGGUUGACCCUGGUGAAGAUAAUGUGACAGAGCAGACCAAUCACAUUAUUAUUCCUAGUUAUGCAUCAUGGUUUGAUUAUAACUGUAUUCACGUAAUUGAACGGCGUGCUCUUCCUGAGUUCUUCAAUGGAAAAAACAAAUCCAAGACUCCAGAAAUAUACUUGGCAUAUCGAAAUUUUAUGAUUGACACGUAUCGCCUAAACCCCCAAGAGUACUUAACCAGCACUGCUUGUCGGAGGAACUUGACUGGAGAUGUAUGUGCUGUAAUGAGGGUCCAUGCCUUUUUAGAGCAGUGGGGACUUGUUAAUUACCAAGUUGACCCGGAAAGUAGACCCAUGGCAAUGGGACCACCUCCUACUCCUCAUUUUAAUGUAUUAGCUGAUACCCCCUCUGGGCUUGUGCCUCUGCAUCUUCGAUCACCUCAGGUAAAUAGUAAGGGUGCUAGUGCUGGAAGAGAAUGGACUGAACAGGAGACCCUUCUACUUUUGGAGGCCCUGGAGAUGUACAAGGAUGAUUGGAAUAAAGUGUCAGAACAUGUUGGAAGUCGUACUCAGGAUGAAUGUAUCCUCCACUUUUUGAGACUUCCCAUUGAGGACCCAUACCUUGAGAAUUCAGAUGCUUCCCUUGGGCCUUUGGCCUACCAGCCUGUCCCCUUUAGUCAGUCAGGAAAUCCAGUCAUGAGUACUGUGGCUUUUUUGGCAUCCGUGGUGGACCCUCGUGUGGCAUCUGCUGCAGCAAAAGCGGCUUUGGAGGAAUUUUCUCGGGUCCGGGAGGAGGUACCACUGGAAUUGGUUGAAGCUCAUGUCAAGAAAGUACAAGAAGCAGCACGAGCCUCUGGGAAAGUGGAUCCCACCUACGGCCUGGAGAGCAGCUGCAUUGCGGGCACAGGGCCUGAUGAGCCAGAGAAGCUUGAAGGAGCUGAAGAGGAAAAAAUGGAAGCCGAUUCUGAUGGUCAGCAGCCUGAAAAGGCAGAAAAAGUGGAAAAUGAAACGGAUGAAGGUGAUAAAGCACAAGAUGGAGAAAAUGAAAAAAAUAGUGAAAAGGAACAGGAUAGUGAAGUGAGUGAGGAUACCAAAUCAGAGGAAAAGGAGACUGAAGAGAACAAAGAACUCACUGAUACAUGUAAAGAAAGAGAAAGUGAUACUGGGAAGAAGAAAGUAGAACAUGAAAUUUCCGAAGGAAAUGUUGCCACAGCCGCAGCAGCUGCUCUUGCCUCAGCUGCUACCAAAGCCAAGCACCUGGCUGCAGUGGAAGAAAGAAAGAUCAAGUCCCUGGUAGCUCUCCUGGUUGAGACACAAAUGAAGAAACUAGAGAUCAAACUUCGACAUUUUGAAGAGCUGGAAACUAUCAUGGACAGAGAGAAAGAAGCUCUAGAACAACAGAGGCAGCAGUUGCUUACUGAACGCCAAAACUUCCACAUGGAACAGUUGAAGUAUGCUGAAUUACGAGCACGACAGCAAAUGGAACAGCAGCAGCAUGGCCAGAACCCUCAACAGGCACACCAGCACUCAGGAGGACCUGGCCUGGCCCCACUUGGAGCAGCAGGGCACCCUGGCAUGAUGCCUCAUCAACAGCCCCCUCCCUACCCUCUGAUGCACCACCAGAUGCCACCACCUCACCCCCCCCAGCCAGGUCAGAUACCAGGCCCAGGUUCCAUGAUGCCUGGACAGCACAUGGCAGGCCGCAUGAUUCCCACUGUUGCAGCCAACAUCCACCCCUCUGGGAGUGGUCCCACCCCUCCUGGCAUGCCUCCAAUGCCAGGAAACAUCUUAGGACCCCGGGUACCCCUGACAGCACCUAAUGGCAUGUAUCCCCCUCCACCACAGCAGCAGCCGCCACCACCACCACCUGCAGAUGGGGUUCCUCCUCCUCCUGCUCCAGGCCCGCCAGCCUCAGCUGCUCCUUAGCCUGGAAGAUGCAGGGAACAUCCACGCCCACCACCAUGAGCUGGAGUGGGGACAACAAGACUUGUGUUCCUCAACUUUCUUGGGUUUCUUUCAGGAUUUUUCUUCUCACAGCUCCAAGCACGUGUCCUGUGUCUCCCAACUCCUCUUACCACCCCUCUCUUUUGACACUUUUUGUGUUGGGUCCUCAGCCAACAUACAAGGGGAAACCUGUGGUGACAGUGUGCCCUGGUCAUCCUUAAAAUAUCUGCAUCUCCCCUCUCCUGGUGUGGGGGUAUGCUGACAGUUUCUCUGCAGGUCCUGUCAAUUUUAGCAUGCUAUGUCUUAUCAUUUUUGCUCUCUUUCAGUUUUUUGCUUUGUCUUAAGCUUCUAUGGAUAAUGCUGUAUAAUCAUUAUGUUUUUAUCUUACUAUUGUUUUAAAGGAGAGCAUCCUAAGUUAAUAGGAACCAAAAAAUAGUGAUGGGCAGAAGGGGGAUAGCCACAGGGGACAAACCUUAAGGCAUUAUAAGUGACCUUAUUUCUGCUUUUCUGAGCUAAGAAUGGUGCUGAUGGUGAAGUUUGAGACUUUUGCCACACACAUGUGUGAAAUUAAAAGAGAUGUGGAAGGAGAACCUCAGUGAUUUUAUUCCCUAGUGAGGCCUCUGAGGGCCUUCACACUGCGUGGCAGAACAUAUCACUGAACUAGUAUGUGCUAGAGGAAAGCACAAACAUCCACUUCUUCCCCAGGACCACUGGCUCUGGUUUUCUAUGCAGAUGAUUCGUUGGAUUGAGGAUGAGUGUUUUGUUUUUCUGAGAGCAGUGUGAGCUUUGAGGAUUGGAAUAUUGGGAGGCAGUCCUUAGUUUCUUCAACUAGCCUGGAAAGUUAGGAGUCUAGGGUAAUGGCCCCCCAAUGAAUCUAGCCUACUAUUCACUGCUUUAUGUGCAUUUUUUUUCUCCCUCUUUAAAAAACCCCGUAAAAGAAAAAAAAAAAAAGUAGAUAGUGCUAAAUAUUUUAGCUCAUGGAGCUUGGUUAGGAUGGCUGGGGGUACAAGUCCCCAAACUACCUCUUGUUACAGUAGCCAGGGAGUGGAAUUUCAUGAACCGGUACUUUUAAAGUUAAGAUGGAAUGAGAGAAGUGAAGCAGGAUAUCAGCUUCUUAUACCUCUUCCUUCUUUUCUGGGAUCUCACAUUCCAUCUAUCACAGGGUUUUCAAAGAGAUGCUGAGGGUAACAAGGAACUCCCUUGGCAGUCAGAGCAUCAUGCUUUGAGGUCUGGGGUGCUCAGGCUGGGAGGGUAAAAUGCCAUUCCAGAGGACAAGCCACAAAAAUGCCUUAAUUUGAGCCCACAUUUACCCCUGCUGAUAAGUGACUUGAGAGUUCCUGGUUUUCUCCUCUUAUUCUUCCCUCCCUUCUAUCCUUCCGUGUGUGGGGAAAGGGUGUUUUUGGUAGAGCUUAGUUUCCUGAAAGCACCUGGCUUUCUCACUUCACAUUCUCAAGUGGCAGUUUGAUUAUUUAGAAUGCAAGGUGGACAUCUUUUGGAUAUCUUUUUCUAUAUAUUUUCUAAAGCUUUACAUAUGAGAGGGUAUAGGGAGGUGUCUUUAAAACACUUUAGAACUUCUUUCCUUAAUAUCAGAAAGCAAAAAAAUAAAACCACAAUUGAGAUUUGCCUUUCAAACCCUCAGGUUUGCCUCUAACCAGGUGGCCCUGGUCACCAUCAAAGUACUGGAAUACUGGAACCGAGGAGACCUUGGUCCUUUUGUUUUUGUUCUGGACUCUUGGGAGUGGAAAUGGGAAUGAGUUUAUUCCUGAUUGGAAUUUAGUUCCAAUGCAUUUGGCUCCAGAAAGACCCCAGUGCCUUUUGACAAUGGGCCAGGGUUUUCCCUACUUCCCGCCAGUCUUUCCCAAAGGAAACUCAUUCCAAAUACUUACCUGUUCCCCUGGAGUCCUAGAAGGAAAAUGGAAUUCUGGUUCAUACUGUGGUCCCUUUUAACCUCAGGUCUUUAAUGUGAUCACUUUCAAAUUUAAAAGAUCCAGGUGGAAAUAUUUUUACUAUAGUAAUAAUUCUACAAAAUACCUGAAUUCUUAACACUGUUAUGUUUCAGUAUAAGUGGUGACUGUUUCUUUUCAUAUAUUUGAUCUGGUUUUAUUCCUGUAGUUCAGCCACCUGAAUUUGUGAGGGGGGGAAUAAUAUGUGAUUUUUGUACAAACAUGUUUCUCAGUGUGUUGUUAUUUUGGAAAAAAAAUGAGGGGAGGGAGAUUGGAGAAAAAUGAAUGAAGAAGGCCUAAUCUCCCUCUUUUUCAGUUAAUAAAUGGAACACCAUUUCUGGA